CUGGUCCCGGGCGCGCGGAGGGCGCGAGCGGCGCGCGGGGGCCGAGGGGGUGCGAGGCGGCGGCGCGGGGACUCCGGGCCCCGGCGGCGGCCCAUGGGGCGGGAGGCGUGAAGCCGCGGUCUGCCCGGGGCUCGGGGGGUGGGGGGAGCGGGGCGGGGAGAUGGAUAAACUGACCAUCAUCUCAGGAUGUCUCUUUCUGGCCGCCGAUAUCUUCGCCAUCGCCAGCAUCGCCAACCCGGACUGGAUCAACACCGGGGAGUCCGCGGGAGCACUCACUGUGGGCCUUGUGCGACAGUGUCAAACAAUCCACGGACGAGAUCGGACGUGCAUCCCUCCCCGGCUUCCCCCAGAGUGGAUCACCACACUGUUUUUUAUCAUUAUGGGAAUCAUUUCAUUGACUGUCACAUGUGGUUUGCUGGUGGCUUCCCACUGGCGAAGAGAAGCUACAAAAUAUGCUCGAUGGAUAGCAUUCACUGGAAUGAUCCUUUUCUGUAUGGCUGCCCUAAUAUUUCCAAUAGGAUUUUACAUCAAUGAAGUCGGAGGUCAACCUUAUAAAUUACCCAACAACACAGUAGUUGGGUCUUCAUAUGUACUUUUUGUCUUAUCAAUUUUCUUUACAAUAGUAGGACUUCUAUUUGCUGGCAAAGUUUGUUUACCAGGCUGAUGAAUGUCUAAGUUGCUUGAGUCUCUUAUUAUUUUUUAUUUUUAUUUUAUUUUUUUAUUUUUUGGAGGGUGGGGAGGACAAAGGCAAGGCAUCUGAGCAGUCCUCUCAUGGGAAGAUGCUUAGAUGCACCCGAUGCUGAAAGGAGAGAAUGCUUUUGAUUUGUUCUCACUAUGCACUUUGGAUUUAAAAAAAGAAAAUGAGAGCCUUUUUCAUAACCAAAUACAGACAAUGUUGACUAAAUCUCCUGAGCAUAUUCAGGCAGUCAGGUCUGCACUGUGAUAGCAACCUAGUGAAGGAGAAUGCUUUAUUCUGAAAAGCACGUGGCCCUUUGUGACUCUGUUGUUCCGUUUUAACGUCUAGUGAUUCAUUUGAGGAAAAAAAAGUCUAAGUAUUUAUGAAUCAAGGUGGACCGGAGGGAUGCAAGAGAAGUUCAUGUGGGGCUGGCCUCACCUCCUAAAAAUUAGUGUUCACAACUUCCUUGUCAUGGUUUCAGCCUUUGGCACCAGAAUGGAUUGCCGUUGCAUUACUGCACCAAGAAGCCAAUAGAUCAAAACUUGUCUGCUAAAAUGUAUGUAAAAAUUCUGAAAUUCCCUAUUCUCUGUGUACAAAAAACAAAAAUCAAACACUAAGACACAUGUUGUUUGGGUGGGUGGGUGGGUGAAAUCUUCCUUAUAUUUAUAUAAAUAUAUAUAUAAUAUAUAUAUUUUGCUGAUGCAGUAUACAGUGUGUAUAUAUGUGUGUGUGUGUGUAUGUGUGUGUAAAUUUAUAUAUGCACACAUGCAAACAGUUCCUGGAAGAGAACUCUGAAUGCUUUGCUAGCAAAACACUGUGGUGUGCAAACCUAGAACUCAGUAGAAAAAAAGCCAUUUAUCUGAAGGCUGCAUAGUGGAGAGAGUCUUCAGUUUACCUCAUUCUUUGUAGCAGCCCUUGAUUUUAACAGGUUUUUGUAAUAGGUACAAAUAAUCCCAUGCCUUUCUAGGUGCAAUUUUAAGUUAAGCUGAAAAUUCUUUGUAGGGUUAAUUUAUUUGUAUAUGAUAGUAGAAGGUAAGAUCUUGUCAAACCUUAUGAUUUGGGGAACCUGACACUAUUUAAAUUAUUGGCAGUUGUUGUCUAUUGUACAGAGAUUCUUUUUUCUACUGGCUCGGUCUGUUACAUUAAUAAUGCGUUUUAUAUGUUCAAGCACACAACUUUACAUAAAUACAAAGCUCACUAAUAAAUAGGCUAUUUUUGGCAUUUGCAACACUAAUUUCACUCUGCCAUAAAAGUUAAAACCUGUGUUCUUUUCAUCUGUAAGCGCUAUUAAUACAUGUCUACCAAAAACCUGAGCAAUACAGUAUUUUCUUUGUAUGCUAUCGGUAUGCCUUUGUUUGCUAAAAAACUAAAGUUUUUCAUUUACUUUAAAGGGCUGUACUAAACCCACAGCUUUUAAGUUUUUUCCUAAAAGAAGCAUUUCAGCUAACCCUUGAAUUCAAAUAGUUUAAAAUGCAGUAUUUCUCUUCUCCACAUUUCCAUGCCUUCAUGUCAAUGCUUAGUUGUUUUUCCUGGUGAACUCUAUAGAGAAUCUCCUGUUGGAAAUGUGGGGCAGGAAGGUGUUUUUUAGCCAUGAAGCUAAGUUCUUCCUCUUCAUAGUGAAAUGGCAACCCAAAUGUCCCUUCCAGUAGAAUGAGAGUCCUGUGUAGCCCAUGCUUCUCACAGGCAGAAGUGAGUGCACUGUUUAAGAAACUGCGCUAUAAUGUACGGAGCAGUCACUUUAGAGAUGAGUCCUCCUCCUUAGAUAUUCAAAGUACAAAAAGGAGGAGUUUGAUGUGUUUCACACUGGCUUGUUUGACACUCAUCUAUCUUACAGUUAAUUCUGCAGUAUUUUAUUGUGAGAGAAAAUCUCAGUGUUUUGGCUCACUGGGGAGUUGGGGAAAGAGGUGGACCCAGCCCUGUGGUGCAUUCCUUGAGUGUUCUAGGGGAAUAUCAUAUUUUUCCUUGCCAGUGUAAAAGAAGCCUUUGGGAAAUCCUAAGGGAGACUAUUUUUUCCCCAAGUAUUAUGAUAUCUAGUCAAUUCUAAGAAUACCACUGGACAUGUGCUACCGACAUUUGGGUUUGCAUUUUCCAUUUUGAUUGGAUUAGUCUUCAGUCAAAUGGUUCACUUUGAAGGAAAGCUUUGGUUGUCACCAUUAUACCACUGAGAUUAAGUGUUAGCAAAGUAUGGUUUAAAUUAAUUCGUGAUAUGACCAAGAGCUUUUCUCUUCCAAAAGAUGAAUUUUAUUGUAAAUAGUUUCUCAAAAUAUUUUUUAACUGGAUCAUGAGCAUGGGGAGAGAAAGUUUCUCAGCUGCUAAGAAUUUCCCCACUGUUUACUUCCUUCACUUACGGUGGUAUUGCAUAUAAGAUUACUAAAUUUAAGGUUUUAUUUGUAUCUAUUACCCAAACCAUUAAGUUGUCUUUAUUUUCAUCACCAUCUUGGAGGUCCAGUGCCUAAAGGGCUGAUGGGAGGGGAAAGCUUCCUGUAGCCAGUCAGCACUCUAACCCAGGAUUGAAACCAUCCCAUCAGGUAGUAUGUGAAGUCAAGUCUUUGUAUUCUUCCAGACCAAACAAUGAAAUGGACUCAUUCAUAUAAAUUUCUAUAAAUCCUGUAAGUGAAAAACUAGACAACUGUUAGCAGUUGCUUUUAAAAAGGUCACUAUAGUAAGUACCACAUAGUACAGUAUUAAUUUAUAGCAGGAAAUCAUAUCUUGUAAACUGUAUAUAAAACACUGUUUUAUGGUGCAAUCAUUUGUCAAAACUUGUCUGUUACAUUGUUUUUUUAGAGUGUGUGCAUUACUCUCAUACCUAAGAAUAUCACUGUAAAAUCUGCUGAAAACUAUUUUUAGGUUUUAUUUGCACAAGACUGAAUUAGUUUGAAAUUUUUGGAAGCUCCUAUUGAACAUGCCUAAACAUCUAUAAACAUGAAAAAUCUUCAGUUCAUUAAAAGCAAAUGUUUCAGUAUGAUUCUUUCCAAAGGUAAUCCAUGUUCUAUGUUGUUAAUGUGUGUAUGUAAUUCUUCUGACUCUCCCACCUCUUAUAAAUCUAUUUUGUUUCAUUUGUUUUGUUUUUGAAGGAUGGCUCUUUUUUUGUUUCUUUUUAAUGUUCUAGAUGACCAAAACACUUUAUUGGUUUUUACACGUUCACCUAAAACUUUGAUAUCCCCACUUGAUGUUCUGUGAAUUUACUAAUAUCUUAAAUGAAAUAAUAAAUGGUCCUGGUGACAAACAAUCUAUUGACUUAGAGGAGAGGCCAUGAAAAAGUAUUGGAAACUAACUUUGCGUUUACUCUUACUAUUAUUUCUGCAUCGUGGGCUUCUUGGGAAGAACAUGUUGCAUUUAUUUUGUCUUUAUUAAAAGACUACUAGCCACAAGUUACUAUCAGUGUAAUAACCGUUUUAUCAGCCCACUUUGAUCUUCUUUUAAAAAUUAAAUUUACAUUUCCAAUUCAAAAUAGUAAACUGUCUUUCAGAAAAUUUUUGAAGGAUAAAAAUACAUGAAGGAAAAAAGUGGCCUGUGUAGGUAGAAUUCCUUACACAGGACUUUUAGUUGUAUCACCUCAAGAGAUUUUAAAGUUUGUGAUCAAGGUCUGUAUAUUUUCCCAAACUUUAUUAAGAAUUGUUUUCUAAUUGGUUAUAACAUUUUUCAAUUAAUAGUUUCAAAACAAAUUGUUAAUACAACUGUACAAAAUGAACAUAAUUUUCUUCACUUGUAUUUUUGUUAUUGAGCAAGUUUAUCAAAAUAAAUUGUCUACUAAAGAAACUAAAAA